GGUGGUUUUUUGUUUGAGGUCUGUUGUUUGGGGUUUUGGGGAGUGGUUGGUUUUUGUUUGUUUGUUUGUUUAUGUGUGUGUGAGUACCGUACUCGUUUUUCCCUCGGAGUAUUAACGUUGAAUGGGAGGGCAAGCAGGCGAGCCGUGGCUCCUCGAAAUUCUGCAACACUCCUGUAUCCUGAUUUUCUGGCGCAUGCGUUUCCUGCACGAGGGGGAAAGUCGUAUAUUCUCCGCAGUGCCAACACUUCUUUUUUUUUUUUCCCCCCUCUUCUUCUCCUUUUGGUAAAAUAUGUGACGUUCUCAUUUUAGGAUUACGCCAGUCAAAGGGAUAUGAGCAAGCAGCUUGUGAACAAUCCUGAAGCGGCGCCUCCCGGACCCAAAGAAGGUGCGGGAGUUGCAAGAAUCAGCCCCGAAAAUGACCCGCAAAACGCCACGGCCAGGCUUCCCCGGUCACUCUCGAACGACAGCAAAACACUUUGCUCCGAAGAAGCGAACCCAAAUGAUUUUGAGAGGACCAAAGUCGGGAUCUGCAAGCUCAGCAGCACCCCGGUCCAAGCCAACUCCACCCUCCGGAGGGAAUCUGUGGAAACCUUUCCCUGCAAGCCUAGCCCCGGGCCAGGGAUCGUCGGGCAAGCUGCGAUCCCUCAUUGCAAAAUUCCCGCUUUGCAAAGCACAGACGGGGACGCUGCUCUGAGCCUUGGCAAGAGCACGCUGGAGCAAAACAACGCCAAGGGCGCCUGGGUGACCUUGAGCCAGAGCACCGUGGUGCUGGGCACAGAUGGCAACACUUCGGUUCUUCCUGGCACACUGGAGGGGGAAGACGAUGUGGGGGAUGAAAAUAAAGCCCGAGGGAACUGGUCUAGCAAGCUGGAUUUCAUCCUCUCCAUGGUGGGUUAUGCAGUGGGGCUGGGCAAUGUCUGGAGGUUCCCGUACCUGGCCUUUAAGAAUGGGGGAGGUGCGUUUCUCAUCCCCUAUUUGAUGAUGUUGGCUCUAGCCGGGAUCCCCAUUUUCUUCCUGGAAGUCUCCCUGGGGCAGUUUGCUAGUCAGGGCCCCGUGUCGGUCUGGAAAGCCAUCCCGGCCUUGCAAGGCUGCGGCAUCGCCAUGCUGAUCAUCUCCGUCCUGAUAGCCAUAUAUUACAAUAUUAUUCUGUGCUACACCCUCUUCUACCUUUUCGCCUCCUUUGUGCCCGUGCUCCCCUGGGCUUCCUGUAACAACCCCUGGAACACGCCAGACUGUAAGGACAAAAACAAACUUCUGCUAGAUUCCUGCAUUAUUGGCGACCACCCAAAAAUACAAAUCAAGAACUCGACUUUCUGUAUGAGUGCCUAUCCAAACCUAACCAUGGUUAACUUCACCAGGGAAGGGAACAAAACAUUUGUCAGUGGGAGUGAAGAAUACUUCAAGUACUUUGUAUUGAAGAUUUCAGCAGGGAUUGAAUAUCCUGGUGAGAUUAGAUGGCCCUUGGCACUAUCUCUUUUCCUAGCUUGGGUGAUUGUUUAUGCCUCCCUCGCUAAAGGAAUCAAGUCAUCAGGAAAAGUUGUGUACUUCACAGCUACAUUCCCCUACGUAGUUCUCAUCAUCCUUCUUGUAAGAGGAGUAACUCUACCUGGAGCUGGAGAUGGGAUCUGGUACUUCAUCACACCCAAGUGGGAGAAGCUGAUUGAUGCCAUGGUUUGGAAGGAUGCUGCCACUCAGAUUUUCUUCUCCUUAUCUGCAGCAUGGGGAGGUCUAAUAACCCUCUCUUCAUACAACAAAUUCCAUAAUAACUGCUACAGGGACACACUGAUAGUCACGUGUACCAACAGUGCCACGAGUAUAUUUGCAGGCUUUGUCAUCUUCUCAGUUAUUGGCUUCAUGGCAAAUGAACUCAAAGUGAAUAUUGAAGCUGUGGCAGACCAAGGUCCUGGGAUUGCUUUUGUGGUUUACCCAGAAGCCUUAACUAGGCUGCCCCUCUCUCCCUUCUGGGCUAUAAUAUUCUUUUUGAUGCUUCUAACUCUUGGAUUAGACACGAUGUUUGCCACCAUUGAGACUAUUGUGACCUCUGUGUCAGAUGAAUUCCCCAAGUACUUACGUACACACAAGGCACUGUUCACUCUUGGGUGCUGUGUGUCCUUCUUCAUCAUGGGAUUUCCUAUGAUCACUCAGGGUGGAAUGUAUAUGCUACAGCUUGUGGACACUUAUGCAGCCUCUUACUCGCUUGUCAUUAUUGCCAUCUUUGAGCUUGUUGGAGUUUCCUAUAUCUAUGGAUUGCAGAGAUUUUGUGAAGAUAUAGAAAUGAUGAUUGGAUUUCAGCCAAGUAAAUUCUGGAGAGUCUGUUGGGCAUUUGUGACCCCAACUAUUUUAACAUUUAUUCUCUGCUUCAGUUUUUACCAGUGGGAACCCAUGACUUAUGGAGCUUACCACUACCCAGGCUGGUCCAUGGUGCUCGGGUGGCUGAUGCUGGCCUGCUCAGUCAUCUGGAUCCCAGUUAUGUUUGUCAUAAAAAUGCAUCUAGCCCCAGGCAAAUUUAUCGAGAGGCUCAAGCUGGUGUGCUCUCCUCAGCCUGACUGGGGCCCCUUUCUGGCCAAGCACCGAGGUGAACGCUACAGGAACAUGAUUGAUCCACUGGGAACCUCCUCCUUGGGACUUAAACUGCCAGUCAAGGAUAUGGAACUGGGGACCCAAUGCUAACAACUAUUACAAGAGGGUGGCAACAACAUUGUCAGCCUUCUCUGAUUUUUUCUUUUUUCUUUUUCCCACCGUUUCUUCUUUUCUUUUCUGCGGUGCCUGAAAGGGGUUGAUUAGGGAAGCAGGACUUGCUGUUGCAUGCCAUAGGGGAAGCCUAACUAGACCACUUCCAGGCAUAGUUGAUGCCUGUGACAUGUUCUAUACCUGGUGACACAGCAGAAGCCCUGUAUAUGACAGGUGACAUAACCAGGUGUUGUCAGGUGAUG